AUGGAGAAGAUGAAGCCGGCGCUGCUACUGCUGCUGCUGCUUCGGUGGGCAGAAGCUCUACAUUCAGCGCUUGAUCUUGUUUUCCUCUCAUUAUUUUGGAAUCCCCUCAAUCAACUGUCUCGCUUGGGCUCAGGCCGCCUGAAGGUGGACGGCAGCCCAGACGGCAACGCAGACACCCUGAGCCACUCCCUGACGCUGGUCCAGCGUCUGGAGGCGCUCUUGGUGCUGGGCAACGGCAGCGACGUGACGCUGCGGGUGGAGACGCCCAACGCGGAUGAGGUGAAGCUGAUGGCGGUCCACGCGCUGGUUCUGUCACUGCAGAGUCCCGUCUUGGAGGACAUGCUGCGGGAGCGCAACGGCAGCGUGCUCACGUUGCGCGAGAGCCCGGAAUGCGCCUCCGUCUUCGAAAAGUUCAUCAGGUACCUGUACUGCGGCGACCUCUCCCUGCGACUGGACCAGGCCACCCCGCUCCAUCGCCUGGCCACUAAGUACCAGGUGGUGGCACUGCGGCAGGGACUCACACGCUACAUGACUCUCAACCUGGCCCGGGAAUCGCCUUCGGGCCACGUGGCCGGCUGGUACGAGUACGCGGUGGAGGCAGGCGACGCGACGCUGCGGGACGGCUGCCUCCAGUACCUGGCCUGGAACCUGUCCUCGGUCCUGCAGAGCGGCGAGUGGACCGGUCUCAGCUCCCAGCUGCUCAUGACGCUACUGCGGCGUUCCGAUUUGGUUCUGCACAGUGAGAUGGAGCUCUUUGCCGGACUGGAGGAGUGGAUCUCGCACAACCGUCCCGACGGUCUGACAGCGGAGAACGCGCUGAGAGCGGUGCGCUACGCCAUGAUGCCGCCUCGAGAGCUCUUCCGCCUCCAGACCCAGUCGGCGGUCUUGGCCCGCUACCGGGAGUCGGUCCGGGAUCUGCUCUACAUGUCCUACCAGUUCCACGCCGCCUCCCCCGUGCACAUGGCCAAAUACUUUGACGUCAACUGCAGCCUCUUCGUGCCCAGGAACUACCUGGCCCCGCUUUGGGGGUCCCCCUGGGUGGUGAGCAACCCAACCCGCGACGAUCGCAGCACCAGCUUCCAGACGCAGCUCGGGCCCAGCGGCCAUGACGCCAGCAAGCGGGUGACCUGGAACGUCUUGUUCUCGCCCCGCUGGCUGCCGCUCAGCAUGAGGCCCAUGUACACAGAGACGGGCGCCAUGCAGCCCACCCGGGCCGAGGGCGGGCGUCCCCGCAUCAUCGUCACGCCCGCCACGUCCAGCGCCGACUUUGCCGGCGUGAGCUUCCAGAAGACGGUUCUGGUCGUGGUGCAGCAGCAGGGCCGGCUGCUGGUCAAGCACGUGUACGACUUCCACCAGAGCACCGAGGAGAACGGAGACUUCCUGGCCGACGCCGACCUGCACCGCCGGACCUCCGAGUACCUGGUGGACGGGUCCCUCAUGCUCCACGUGGUGGUCAAACCCAUGUACCAGAGCCUCGUCGCGAGCAAGAACUAAUCACGUACACAUGCCAAUCGCAACCACACCUUUCCAUCCAUCUACUGUUGACUUAUCUCAACGUCUGCAUCGUCGCAAAGGUUCAACGGGGCCACCGGGAAUCCUCUUGUGCGUUGAAAAUGUUUGAGAGUAACAUUGGAUUACAAAUCAGUGCUCACGUGGGCUUGUUCAC